AUGGAUUUCGCCCUUUCUCUCCCCACAAAUGCCAUUGUAGCAAUCACAUUAGCCUUCACUCUGCUUGUCUACUUUCUAUUCUCAAAGCCAAGACACCCUCAGAAUAAGAAACCACCACCAGUAGCUACGGGUGCUUUGCCUUUCAUAGGCCACCUCCACCUCUUAGCAGGGUGGUCAAAACCAGCCUACAAAAUCUUGGGAGAAAUGGUGGACAAGAUCGGUCCAACAUUUAUUCUAAAGCUUGGCGUGCAUCAAGCCUUGAUUGUUAGUACCCCAGAGAUUGCUAAAGAGUGCUUUACCACAAAUGACAAAAUAUUCGCAAGCCGUCCACCUUCAAUGUCCUCUGAUCUUCUUGGCUACCACUUUGCGAUGUUUGCCAUCAGCCCAUACGGUCCUUAUUGGCGCGAGAUGCGCAAGAUAGCGACAGUGGAGCUUCUCUCAAAUCAUAGAAUAGAUAUGCUAAGAGGUGUCUUAAAAUCUGAAGUGAGGACAAUGUUAAAGGAGAUGCAUGAGCAGUUAAAUACAAACAAAACUGCAGUGAAGGUGGACUUGAAGCAAUGGUUUGGAGACUUAAAUCUUAACAUCAUAACCAAGUUGAUUGCAGGGAAGCGAUGUGUUGGGGCUAAAACAAAGGCAGAGAAGGAAGAGUAUGAGAAGUGCCAAAAGGGGUUGAAGGAGUGCCUUGAAUUGGCUGGGAGUUUCGCGGUGGGGGAUGCGCUUCCAUUUUUGAAACGGUUUGAUAUUGGAGGAGUUGAAAAAGCCAUGAAAAGGAAUGCCAAAGAGAUGGACGAAAUUCUCCAAGGAUGGUUAGAUGAGCAUAAGCAAAAGAGAGCUGAUGGUAAAGUUGAAGCUACCCAGGACUUUAUGGAUGUUAUGCUAUCUAUUUGUGAUAGAGAUGCAGUAAAGAAUUCCAGUCAUGAUGCAGAUACCAUCAUCAAGGCCACAUGCCUGAAUCUUGUUUUAGGAGGUGCAGAAACCUCAACUAUAGCUUUGAGUUGGGCCGUAUCACUAUUAUUGAACAACCCUCAAGCAUUAAAGAAAGCGCAUCAGGAAUUAGAUACCUGCGUUGGUAGAGAUAGGCUUGUUGAAGAUUCGGAUUUGCAAAAAUUGGCGUACAUCCCAGCCAUCAUCAAGGAGACACUGAGGAUGUACCCCCCAUCAUCACUCGAUGCAGCACAUCUUUCAACAGAAGACUGCACCAUCGACGGUUUUCAUAUCCCUGCAGGGACACAACUCUUUGUCAAUAUUGCAAAAAUUCAUCAUGAUCCCAAAGUAUGGCCAAAUCCUGAAGAGUUCAAACCAGAAAGAUUUCUCACCACACACAAGCACAUUGACUACAGGGGCCAAAAUUUUGAAUUGUUACCAUUUGGAAGUGGUAGAAGAGUUUGUCCUGGAAUUUCUCUUGCAAGUCAAAAUAUGCAACUUACGCUUGCAAAUUUUCUACAUGAAUUUGACAUUGCAAGCCCAACAGGAGGACCAGUCGACAUGGCUGAAGGACUGGGAUUCACCUUAUAUAGAGCCAAUCCACUUGAAGUUCUUCUCACCCCACGCCUUCCUGCCCACCUUUAUGCUUAAACUGCAUGAAUAUGAUAUCAAGAGGAGUUUGCCUGGGUAGACUAAGUAAUAAAAAUAAAGAGCUAGAAAUGUUCUUAGUCCCUCAAAUGAAGAAUUUAUUCUAUUUGCUAUAUUUAAGCUUUGAGUUGGUGUAUUUUUUUCAGUUUGUGUGCUACUGUCAACUAUGUCAAUGACACUUUCAAAAGAAUUUGAUGAGUAAAAUGUUAUUUGCUUUCCCAUGUA